AAUAAUAGUCAUUUGUUGUGACGUGUACUAACGUAAGCUGUGGCUUGCAGCCGCCUAUUUGAACUUGUAUUGAUUAGCAAGGUUUCCCAUUAGUUUCCGAUGCUUAAUUCAAUGAUAAUGGAGUGGGUACGGUGGUGCCCAUAGCCCCAGCCCCCUGGUCUGUGAGAUGACUCAAUGAGUGUGGUGUGGUGUGGCGGCGGAGAACAGAACAGCAGAGAGACUGAGUAAGAAGAAUGGGCAGGAGGGGCUGGGGCUGCAGGCUAGCUGUCUCCACUGGUGUCCCCACUGCAGUCCUGUACGGCUCCCUGGCCCUGUUUGUCUCCAUCCUGCACAACGUCUUCCUGCUCUACUACGUGGAGACAUUUGUCUCCGUUUAUAAGAUCGACAAGCUCUCCUUUUGGGUCGGAGAGACAGUGUUCCUGAUAUGGAACAGCUUGAAUGACCCUCUCUUCGGCUGGCUGAGUGACCGCUCCUUCCUCAGCUCCCCACAGUCUGGCCCCCAGAUCUCCAACCCAGAGGUGGUACUAAAGCGGCUGGCUGCCCUCUCCAGGAAUGGCCCCCUGUUCGCCCUCUCCUUCCUGGCCUUCUGGGUGUCGUGGGCGCGGCCGGGCCUCCAGUUCCUAGUGUGCUUGUGCCUGUACGACGGCUUCCUCACCGUGGUGGACCUCAACCACAACGCCCUGCUGGCCGACCUGGCCGUGUCGGCCUACGACCGCACGCGCCUCAACUUCCACUGCUCUCUGUUCAGUGCCCUGGGCUCGCUCUCUGUCUUCCUGUCCUACUGCGUCUGGGACAAGGGUAACUUCUACUCGUUCCGGCUGUUCUGCGUGGCGCUGGCGGCCGUCUCGGCUCUGGGCUUCACCGCCGUGUCGCGCCUGUUGAAGAGCCGCUUUCAGAAAGAGGCGUGCCUGAGGGAGGACGAGGCGCUGAAACUCAAGGAGUUAAGUAUUGGCCAGAGCCCUCUGACCCAGCAGGAGAAGCCAGUCACUCUAGGAGAGUAUCUAAGGCAGCUCUCCAAGCACAGGAACUUCAUGUGGUUCGCCUCUAUGAACCUUGUCCAGGUGUUUCACUGUCACUUCAACAACAACUUCUUCCCUCUGUUCCUGGAGCACCUCCUCUCUGACAGCAUCUCUGCCUCCACCGGCUCCAUUCUGCUGGGGAUCUCCUACAUAGCACCCCACCUGAACAACCUGUAUUUCCUGACCCUGUGUCAGCGCUACGGGGUCUACACGGUCAUCCGCUGGCUGUUCGUGGUCAAGCUGGCUCUCAGUGUGGCCAUGCUGCUGGCCGGGGCCGACCAGGUCUACCUGCUGUGCAUCUUCAUCGCCAGUAACCGGGUAUUUACGGAGGGCACCUGCAAGCUGUUGAACCUGGUCAUCACAGAUCUGGUGGACGAGGACUUUGUGGUGAACCGGCGCCAGCAGGCAGCGUCAGCGCUGCUCUUCGGCAUGGUGGCCCUUGUGACCAAGCCUGGCCAGACCUUUGCUCCUCUCAUCGGCACCUGGCUGCUGUGUGUCUACACAGGCUACGAUAUCUUUGAGAGAAACUCCAUACAGGACUCUGUAGCAGCAAUGGCAUCCCCUGUCUCAGGCCAAGCAGGCUCCACUGUUCCACUGCGCCAGGGCUGUUUCUACCUGCUAGUGUUUGUGCCCAUCUCCUGUGCCCUGCUGCAGCUACUGGCCUGGUCCCGCUUCACCCUCCACGGUCGCAGACUGCAGGACGUCAAGGCCCAGAGGCAGGGAACCCAGCACAGCCACCUCAUGGACAUCAAGGCCAUCUGAUCGGGCUAGCGCGUCCACACCUUCACUCAAAUGCAUGAUGCUAUACCACCCUCUGCCAUUGGGGUCAGCAGAACGGGACACAGACUGCAGAAUUGAUUUAAAUUCCACUGUCAGGGACAAAAAUAUAAUUAUUUGUGUGAAACUUGCCUUAUUUUGAUAUUAAGAGGACAAAGACUAUAUGUAUGAACUGAUGACUAAAUGAUACAGCAAAGCCAAUCAAAGAAUAAGAUGCCCAUGCCUCUCUCUGGGAUAGGGCGAGUAGACCAUCAUCCUCGGUUGAGGCGCAGCCUGGAAUGCAUUUCCAUCCCCAAAGGAACACAAAUUGUCACCAAACUUGCUAUUACAGUGUGGUUACCCAUUUUUGUAUUUUUCACCCCAUGGCAAAAUGUGUUAAAUUGCCGUGUGAAGGAAAAUAUGAAGUACAAAAAAAAUGGUGUAUGUGCACAUGAGUAUAAAAUCUAAAUCCUGAUUUGCAUGGAACUUGCACUUAAAAUUACAAUUAGUGUUGUGACCAUCACCAUGCUAUUCUCUAUCUUUAUGAAGUACGUCUAGUACUAAUCUGCAUGUUCAGAAUUGUAAAAAGUCAAGCAACUAUUUCUCUAUUUAUUUUACUGUGACCAGAUAGACUACUUCUACUAAAAUAGCUGCCAUCGCCACUAUUCAACUGAAUUGCCUUGUGUUUUCUCACGCAUUGUUAUAACGUUUUAAGGUGAUACGUGAAAGCAUUUAGGUGGCUAUUACAAAAAGGCCCUAAACAACCUCUGUUUACAUUUAUACCCCAGGUCAGGAAAUACAUGUAUUUUUACAGUGUGUCAAGAACUGCAACGCUGCUGGGUUUUUCACGCUCAACAUUUUCCCUGUGUU